CAAAUAUAGAACUUGGAACACCGUAAGAUUUCGAUACAUAAAGGUUAUAAAAUUAUUUAACGAUCGGAAUGAGUUUAACAAAAAUGACAUUUUCUUCAAUUUUUAAAACAUUAUUCAGGAAAACAGCACCUGUUAUGUGCUUGAGUCCGUUAUUUGUUAAUUGUUCGUCGCAAAGAGAAUCAAAAAUUACAGAAGAAUAUAAAUUAAAGUUACCGGAUGUAGAUACCUUGACAUAUAAUUAUAUGAUAAAGCAGUCAACUUUAAAUGCAGUAAAUAAUGCUUCUGAACUUUUAACCAUUACAUAUGCAGCCAUAGAAGCUGCAAGUGUAGAGUACAGGACAUUGUUAAUAAAAUUAAUUAAUCUUUACAAAGAUACUAUAGAAAAUGAAUUUGCUGAUUAUCAUGGGGAUGCAAUAGUUCAAAUUAGAGGGGAAACGCAAGAUAAAAAAGAAAUGCUUACACAACUUAUCAGUUUUAUGCAGUAUGUACGUAAAAUGGCUGAUUCAGCUACUGAAAUAUGUUACACAUAUGGUAUGAACAACUUAUGUUCUACCCUCAGUCAAAGAGUACAUGAUGCGAUUAAAAAUGUAGAAAAAGAAAUAUAUAAUAACCAAGAACUAGAAAAAGAAUAUCUUUGUAUACAACAGGAAUGUAUAAUAAAAACUAAAGAACCUUGA